AAACUGUUAACAAUGAAGUCUAAUUGCAGAAACAUCCUCCUCGCGCUCUUGUUAGCAAUAACAAUAUCAUCGUCAUCAUCAUCAUCGGAAGAAGAAAACACCAUCAUAUCUCGUUUCCAACAAUACCUCAAAAUCAACACUGCCCAACCCAACCCGCGUUACAAUGAAGCAGUGGAAUUCCUUACAUCAGAAGCCAAGUCCCUCUCACUUGAAUCCCAAACCAUUGAGUUCGUAACAGGGAAGCCACUAGUUCUUCUCAAAUGGCCAGGCACGAACCCUGACCUCACUUCCAUUCUUCUCUAUUCUCACACCGACGUGGUCCCCGCCGAACAUGACAAGUGGACCCACCACCCUUUCACUGCUCACAUCGAUUCCGACGGUCGCGUCUACGCCAGAGGCUCUCAGGAUAUGAAGUGUGUAGGCAUGCAAUACCUCGAAGCUAUUCGCCGCCUCAAGUCUCAACAACCACCCUUUCAACCACCGCGCUCCGUUUACUUGGCCUUCUCCCCCGACGAAGAGAUUGGCGGUCACGACGGUGCUGGAAAGUUCUCUCAAUCUGAGAUCUUUCGCCAGUUGAAUGUCGCCAUAGUUCUUGAUGAAGGGUUGGCUUCGCCGGAUGAGCACUACAGGGCGUUUUAUGCGGAGAGGAGCCCGUGGUGGAUGGUGAUCAAGGCUGUUGGGGCACCAGGCCAUGGUGCCAAGCUGUAUGAUAACACUGCUAUGGAGAAUCUCUUGAAGAGUAUUGAAAGCAUUAGAAGGUUUCGCGCCUCGCAAUUCGACUUGGUCAAGGCUGGCUUGAAGGCUGAAGGGGAUGUGGUUUCUGUUAAUAUGGCCUUCUUGAAGGCUGGAACUCCAUCUCCAACUGGUUUUGUCAUGAAUUUGCAGCCAUCUGAAGCAGAAGCUGGAUUUGAUAUUAGGGUACCACCAACUGCUGAUCAUGAAUCAUUGGAGAGACGCAUUGCUGAAGAAUGGGCACCUAUUUCGCGCAAUAUGUCAUUCAGUCUUGGGCAGUUCAAACAGAAGGUACCUGUGCAUGAUGCGUCUGGGAAACCAGUCCUCACUAAAACUGACAGUUCCAAUCCCUGGUGGGUACUGUUAGAAAACGCAGUCCAAAAAGCUGGUGGGAAACUUGGUAAGCCAGAGGUCUUUCCUGCCUCUACAGAUUCGCGCUACUUCCGCAAUCUUGGAUUGCCAGCAAUUGGAUUCUCACCUAUGGCAAACACUCCUAUUCUACUCCAUGACCACAAUGAGUUUCUGAACAAAGAUGAAUACUUGAAAGGGAUUAAGAUCUAUGAGUCAAUAAUUAAGGCAUAUGCAUCCUUCGAUGAUCUUGGAAGAGAUGGAGGAUCCAGAGAUGAAUUAUGAGCAAGUCGUGUGGCACCUCCUCCAUUCUUAAUUCCCAUUUUCUGCCUUUCCUCAAUGUAACAUUAUAUGUAACAAUAUAGAAGAAAAAACAACUCGGUUAUAAACUUUGCACUAAGCAACUUAGCCCUUGCGCCUAUGUUAUUCUUAAAUAAAUUUUCUUUACAUAAUAU